CCGCGUGGUCGGCACUUGCCUUCUGGAAGAAACAAAACGGUAGCACCUUCUUGAUAUUUGACUAUUUGACUAUUUGAUUUCCCCUCUUGUGUGCGACAUCACGAGCGCAGUCUCGACUAUCAAUCUCAAUUCUGAUCGCAAUUCACUACCAUUUCAUCAAUCUCGCAGGCAGACAAAGUUGCACUAUCUGAUUCCUCCCCCCACCGAGCCAUGGCCCCACACGCAGACGAGACCAAUGGGUCGAGCAGCCCAGCAGCUCUCGACUUCACCACCUUUUCCAAUGUGAUCAAUGGCAAGUUGUCCUCCACUAAAGAAACCCGCCAUGGUUUCAACCCAGCCACGGGUAAGCCAAAUCCUGAAGUUCCAGUCUCGACCCCCGAAGACGUCGACAGGGCUGUCGAAGCUGCACAGAAAGCAUUCAAGCCAUGGUCCAAGGUCAGCUACGAGGAUCGCAGGAAGGCAGUUUUGGCUUUUGCCGAUGCUCUGGAGAAGGAGAAGGAGGGCUUCGCCAAGAUGCUCGUUCAAGAGCAGGGUAAACCCUAUGGCUUCGCAAUGUUCGAAAUGGAUUUUGCCGCAACCAUGAUCCGCACUGCAGCUUCCUUGGAUCUGCCUACCGAGGAAAUAGUCGACGAAGCUGACCGCAAAAUUCGAGUCCGUUACACACCCCUUGGUGUCACCGUUGGCAUUGUCCCCUGGAACUACCCUGUCUUGCUCUGCGUCAGCAAGGUCGCUCCAUGUCUCGUCACUGGCAACACUCUUAUCAUCAAACCAUCUCCGUUCACUCCAUAUAGCGGAUUGAAGAUUGUUGAACUGGCUCAGAGAUUCUUCCCUCCUGGUGUGAUACAGGCCUUGAGUGGAAAUGACAGCCUCGGCCCAUGGCUAACGGCACAUCCGGGACCUGCUAAGAUUUCCUUCACUGGGUCAACAGCUACCGGGAAAAAAGUGAUGGAGAGUGCUAGCAAGACGCUCAAGCGUGUCACCCUCGAGCUAGGUGGAAACGACCCUGCUAUCGUGACCGAGGAUGUUGACGUUGAGGAGGUGGCCCAAAAGAUUGCCACUUUGGCCUUUUUGAACUCUGGACAAAUCUGCCUUGCGCUCAAGCGGAUAUAUGUUCAUGAGAAGAUCUUCGACCAAUUCCGUGAUGCAGUGGUCAGACAUACCAAGACCCUGAAGGUAGGCGCAGGUAAUGAAGAGGGAGUCUUCCUCGGACCGAUUCAAAACUCGAUGCAGUAUGAGCGUGUCAAGGGCUUCUUCGGCGACAUCGAAAAGGAGAACUGGAACGUCGUCGUUGGUGGAAAAAACCCCGACGGUCCAGGAUAUUUCAUCAAUCCCACUAUCAUUGACCGUCCUGCGGACGAUUCUCGCAUCGUGGCCGAAGAGCCUUUUGGUCCAAUCGUGCCUCUUCUCAGCUUCAAGACAGACGAGGAAGCCAUUACUAGGGCGAACAAUACCAUCUACGGUCUUGGCGCGUCUGUGUGGUGCCGUGAUCUCGACCGAGCGACCGAACUCGCGGAACAGAUUGAGUCGGGAAGCGUCUGGGUCAACACGCACUUUGAGCUGGACGUCCGGGCACCAUUUGGUGGACAUAAGCAGAGUGGCAUUGGCGUCGAGUUUGGAUUGGCUGGCUUGAAGUCGUAUUGCAAUUCGCAGACUCUGUACCUCAAAAAGUGAGAUUGUCAAAGGCAACAGGUGACGAGGAUUUCAGGUUGUGCUUAGUAUCUAGUUCUGUCGAUUUAAUGAAGCUCACCUUGAGCUUGGAUACAGCCAUGAUGAUGUUCGUUCACCAUCUUGACCACUCCGUAGUGCUCUGGUCCAGUGAUAAGUACC